AUGCUACAAAAGGAGGUAUUGGGCUCAAAUGCGAAUUCCUCCACGGUUCUUGUAAAGGACACAGAGGCUGGAGGGGAACUCCGCGUUGUUAAGCGAAUCAACGUCACCUCGUGGGCGGAAUCCGAUGUGGACAAAACACUCGAGACGUACAACGCUAUUGCUUCGGCAAAUAUACCGAAUAUGGUUAAGUUGUACGUGGCCAUGCGGCAGAGCUCCUCCAUAAGUGUCGUGAGCUCCUACUGCCUUGGCGAGGAACUGCAGGAGUACCUUGACGAGAAAAUCUCCUGUCCUUUAGAUGAGGUUACUGCCUUGAGGUGGAUGCGAAAUAUAGCGCGGGUCGUGCAACAGGUCCACAACCUUCCCCUCAACAACAGGGUGGCAUGUUUUCAUGGACCUUUAAUUGAUCGUAUUUUUGUUGUGGACGACGGUAAAGAGGUAUGCGUAGGUUUGCCACUACCACGCGUCUUGUACUUCAAAUGGCUUGAGGAGCGUGAGACGUAUGGUGUUAAAUUGCACCACGAAUACCCACCAGAAGUUCUGCGCGGCCGGUAUUAUUACACCCAAGCAAGCGAUAUUUGGCAGUUAGGACUCGUAGGAAUGAAGUUGUUAGCAGCUAACGCCUCAUUUGAUCGUCGAUCAGCCGCCAUUCGGACACUUAUUGCGUCCAUGAUGAACCCCAUAAUGAGGAAGCGACCUAACAUUGAAGAGGUUAACAGAAAAUUGGGGGAAAUCACACGGGAACGCAGUAUCUCAUGCUUGUCGUCUGCGGAUGUGAAUACUCCGACAUCGUAUGAACGAUUUCUCACUCCGCGCUCCGCAGUUAUGGAGGAGCCGAUCGGAAUGACAUCGUUGGAUGAGUAUGACACCUUCACCACCGACCUUAGUAAGACGAACUUCGAUGAGGUGACCCAAAGCACGCAUAAACAUGCCUGGCGUAACAGGCUUCAACCAAGUUGGUACAACCAAGCGAUGAAGCAAUUUGAGGAGCUGCAACGGAUGAACUCAACCCCGUUAACGUCAAGGUCACGCCCGGCAUCACCCACGCCAGCAACUGGUGGAGCUGUAUCACCGCGAGCGAGGAGAGAUGCAAAGGCAACAAACGCACGGGACAGGUCGGGUGGAGCUCGGCCAUCUCCCCGUCGGCGCGCGUCCUCUUCAACGCUUACCGGACCACAAAAAAAUCGAACUCUUGAGCGCGUGCCGAGCUCGGCGCGCAGGGACCUUGCGAUGCCCAGAAUGUUGAAUAACAUUCCGUCUCAGCGGUCGCGUAAUGCCCAUAGGUUGGAAUUGGAAGAAAAAAAGCGAAGGCAACAGGCUCUGGAGCGAGAGGCCCAUGCCAUGCACCGAGUUCAUGAAAAUAGGAUGCGGGAAAUCCGUAAGAACCAAGAUGAGUCCAUGAAACACGAUAUUCGGAAGUACAUCAAGCAGUGGAGAGAGCAGAGCACCGCCGCAAAAGACGAUAGCACUUCGUAUAGCGAACACAAUGGUGUGGCAAUAUUUGUUCCAAAAAAUCCACCACCACCGGGGCGGUCACCAAAUGUAGACACGAAAGCAAAGCAACAACCACUUAAUAGUGAAGGGGAUACACACAGGAGGGUUUUCUCGGAUGAACUCACGCAUGCAGCGGCAGGGCCGGUGGUGCAUGGAAGCACACCAAGACCCUACAGUGCGACACGACACCCGCGGACACCACCAUCAGCUACACCGAAGCGCUCAGCAUCUAUAUACCGCAUCCGUGGCAUUAGCCCCAAGGUGCCGCACUCACGUGCCAAUCCCUCCGACAGAUACAAGGUCACAGAAAGUGCACCCACCACCACUGUGUCGUGUGCAAAUCCUUCCAGUAGCAAAAAUAGUGGCACGACGGCCUACCAAACUAGUGAAACCUCGUCCGGUACAUAUCCGUCAGGAACGAACAGGGCGGGGCAAUCAAAUUCACGGACAAUCUCCGUUCUGGGAGAAGACGCGACUAAACCAAGCUGCACAGCUGGUGUGCCAGGCACUAAUCGUCUCGCUGCGGAAAGUCUCAGGUGUUCUGCGGGUAGAUUGCGGGAAGCACUGGAGAAACUAUUACCAACCCGCGAGUUGUUCGUUGAGACAAUGGAAGUUGUAGAUGCCUUCGUGGUGCGCUCAGAGAUUGAGCGGUGUAACCCUCGUUUCAACACAGUGUUCAUGCACACACUUAGGAAGUUAAUGAAUGAUGAUGAACUUCUUCUUUCCGCCGUUCCGAUGUGUGCGCAGUUAGUUUCGUUGUUGAGUCUGUUGCAAGGAGGCGAACAGCCUGAGGGGACGUAA